AUGCAGGGAAAAUAUGACUCAAUCUGUGUCCCAGACUUUGAUCCAAGCCUCAACAUGAUGACUGGAAUCACCCCCAUUAACCCAAUGAUACCAGGCCUUGGGCUGGUACCUCCCCCACCACCAACAGAAGUGGCUGUUGUCAAAGAAAUAUUCCACUGCAAAAGUUGUACUCUUUUUCCUCAAAAUCCAAAUCGUCCACAUCCUUCCACAAGAGAACGACCUCCUGUGUGUAAGACUGUAUUUGUCGGAGGAUUACCAGAAAAUGCUACUGAAGAAAUUAUUCAAGAAGUCUUUGAACAGUGCGGUGAUAUUACAGCAAUUCGGAAAAGCGAGAAGAAUUUUUGUCACAUUCGCUUUGCAGAGGAAUUCAUGGUUGAUAAAGCCAUUUACCUUUCUGGUUACAGGAUGCGAUUAUGGUCUAGCACCGAUACAAAGGAGUCAGGCCGCCUUCAUGUGGACUUUGUCCAGGCCAGAGACGACUUCUAUGAGUGGGAAUGCAAGCAGAGGAUGCGUGCCCGGGAGGAGCUGCUCCGGCGCAGGCUGGAGGAGGACCGGCUCCGGCCGCCGUCCGCGCCCGACGCAAUGCGCUACUCGGAGCACGAAGCCGCUCUGCUGGCCGAAAAGCUGAAAGAUGAUAGCAAGUUUUCAGAGGCUAUCACAGUGCUACUUUCCUGGAUUGAACGAGGGGAUCGGCGCUCUGCAAACCAGUUUUCCAUGGUGCAGUCAGCCAACAGCCACGUCCGCCGGCUAAUGAAUGAAAAAGCCACCCAUGAGCAAGAGAUGGAGGAAGCCAAGGAGAAUUUUAAAAAUGCCUUAACUGGGUUUCUCACUCAAUUUGAGCAGAUUGUGGCCGUUUUCAACGCUUCUGCCAGACAAAAAGCUUGGGACCAUUUCUCGAAAGCCCAGCGCAAGAACAUAAUUUGGCGAAAGCAUUCUGAGGGGCUCCGGAAUGCUCAAAGUGAGCAGCUCCGGAAUGCUCAAAGUGAGCAGCUCAUGGGCAUCCGCCGCGAGGAAGAAAUGGAAAUCUCUGAUGAUGAGAAUUGUGACAGCCCUACAAAAAAAAUGAGAGUCGAUGAACCAGGGUCUGGGAGAGCCUGCCUGAAGAUCACCAGUUUAUUGACUCACCAUCUAAUUUCAAGACUUAUUGAAGUACCUCUCCCUGUUUCUCUGUUCCCGAGGCUUUUCUUUAUGAGAUGUACCUCUCAACAUAUUUAAAAAAUAAGAGUCUGAGGGACAGUAUCUA